AUGCGGAGAACAUCGUCGCUGGCGGCGCUGCAGGCCAGCAGUGCGUGUCGCGAUGUGGCGCGCGGCCGGGCCCUCGCAGCAGCAGGAGCCCCCGCGGACGUUAUUAAGCAGGCGGGCACCAACCUUCCCGGCAUCCCCCACGCGUACCGUGUGUGCCGCGCGUACCGACAGUGGCUGAAGCUCGCUGUCCUCUGCCCUCCAUCUGCGCUGUGUGAGCUGAACGAGCACGCGCAGAUGAACGAGCGCUUUGUCAUCAUCAUUCGGCAGAAGUUCCGCGAGGGCGCAGAGCUGCGUGACCCGGAGCUGAUUGCCGUUGCCGUGCAGAGCUGCGAGCGCAGCCUGACAAUGCUCCGCUUCCUGGCCGCUGAUGGGGCGCGGCGGCGCUUCCCUGAGGCUAAGCCGCGGCUGAACCUGCACAAGAUGGGAUUCCUCGAGAUGGCGAAGAUCAACUACACGCAGAUGGCGAAGGAGUAUUGGAACACGUACGUGAUGCGGCGCUGGUGA